AUGUACAGCGACGGUGAACGCAAGACCGUGUCGGAGCUGCAGCGGGAGGCCGAGGCGACGCGCAGGGAGAUCAUCGAGGAGGCGCAGCGGCUGGAGCGAAUUAAAAAGGCAACCGCUAAGACACAGUUCUCCAUCGACCAGCUCUUUCGCUUCUUUGCGCGUGAGGUGGAGACAGAAGAGGAGAAGAGGAUGCUGGUUAACCUCCUCGUUUCGAAUCCGCAAGACCUGCACAUCGAGUCUGUGCCGGUGCUGCCGGUCGUCAUUGCCAUUGCGAAUGGCCGUAUGACUAACGCGCGUCGCAUGUUCACUACGGACAACGCCUUGCUGGACGACUCGGUCUUCAUUUUUCUCGUUCAUACACUGCGUUUCUCGCCUCAGGCUUGCCACAUUGAUUUCGUCGACAUAAGUGGGACACGUGUGACGAAGAGGGGCAUGUGCUUUGCGCUGGAGAUGAUGAUUGAGCGUAACACUCCCUUCACAUUAGUAGCGAAGCGCCUGUUAAUCCAGUCUCAGGAGACGGAGGUCGUGCGUGUCCGCUAUAUGUCCCUCAUGAGCACGCUACGAGACAAGAAGCAUUGCCACCUCAUUCAGGAGUAA